CUUCUUUUCUUAUCGCCUCAACAAUCGUCAUUUCUGAAAUUGAAAUCUGCACUGAAUCUGAAGGGAAACCCAAUUGAAAACAAAACCACAAAUUCUUAUUCAUAAUUUUUGCAUUUAAUUGAGUUUCAAUUAAAAAAUGGCAGACUUUCCACCCUGUCCAGCAAGUUUAAAACAAAUUCAACAUUUUCUUAAAAUCGCCCAGGAGCACGAUGGGAGGGACAUAGUGGUAAGCUAUUGGUCUCGGCUGUAUGCUCUUCAAGUUGGACUGAAGGCGUCCACACAGAAGCCUGAUGAGACAAAGCUUCUUUUGGCUCUCAUGGAUUGGUUAGAGUCCACAAAGAAACAAAACACGGAAAAUGAAGCUAUAACUAAUGAAGUAGCUGCCCAGGCUCAUAUGGAAAACUAUGCUCUAAAACUGUUUCUAUACGCCGACAAACAAGACAGAGAAUCUAACUUUGGAAAAAAUGUGGUCAAAGCCUUCUACACUUGUGGAGUUCUGUACGAUGUAAUGCAAGCCUUCGGCGAACUGACAGAGGAGGCCCAACACAAUCGAAAAUAUGCAAAAUGGAAGGCCGCAUACAUUCACAAUUGCCUGAAAAACGGCGAAACCCCUAUUCCAGGACCCAUGGGUGAGGACGGCGACGAGAAUGCCGAAGCUGGUGGCGAGGAUUCACCGCCAGCACCACCAACAUCAGGCAGCGGUGAUUUGUCUCCAACAGAAAGUCAAUCGGAAAGUAAAUUGCCCGAUGAGCCGACCCCAAGCACGUCCCAAACACCACCAACAGCUGAAGAAGUUCUCUCCAAUCCCAGCAAACUUCCCAGUCCUCCGGUGGACGAGGAGAAACCUGGUGGAUUUGUUCCCUAUGUUCCUGAUCAGACGCAAUCUACACCAAGCGCGAACGUUCAUAUUACACCCGAACAAAUGCUUAAAGCUCAGAAAUACUGCAAAUACGCUGGCAGUGCCUUAAACUAUGACGAUGUUAAAUCUGCAAUUGAAAAUCUCCAAAAUGCUCUUCGUCUUCUGACCACAGGUCAGGACUUCUAAAAAAAAUGUCCUUAUUGUCGAUAAAUUAGUAAUCUCUAAUUCUAAGUUAAAUUACAUACCAUAAAUGUUACUAAAAUGCGUAAAAUUACUAACCCUUUAGCAGCUUUUGAUUAAAUAAACAAGCACUGCAAUACUAAAAUUUGCUUCAGUUUGAAA